AACCGAGAGUUGGCGAAUUGGUAGGGGAAAAAAUCAGGUAGUACAUAUGCCGGUCUGCCUAAAAAGGCAAGCAAAAAAAAGAAGCAGUAGGUGGAAAGACUGCCCAAGACCGAUGCAAAUGGAAGAAUUGGAUUCGAGCCCUGCACCCCAGCAGAGAGUAAUUAAUAGGAAAAAAAGAAGAAGAAAGUGGUAAGAUACCAUGUAUUUGAACACAUGACGCUAUAUAUGUACAAUAAUAAAAAGACAAAACAUAGCUCGUAAUUAUAUAUAAUAGGAUUUAAUCAUGAAUUUAGUCCAAAAUAAUAUUUAUAAUAUAUUUUUUUUUUCAAAAACAUAUUGCAUACCAAUAUUUCAUGAAUUCUGUUGGUUGCGUUGGUGGUGUAAUGGUCAGCAUAGUUGCCUUCCAAGCAGUUGAUCCGGGUUCGAUUCCCGGCCAACGCACUUUUUGAUAUUCAUUUUGGAUAAUUUUACCAGUUAUACAAUCUACAAAAUUGUGGUUCUACUAUGAAACAUAUAAAAAGACAAGCCUAUAUCAAAGUAAAUUGUAUUGAAUCUUUUUUUUUUAAUGUAUUUUUAUGGAAUUUAUUCACUCAAUAAAACAGAAAUUUACAAAGCUCUAAGACCGUGAAAUAAAUAAUAAUAAAAGGUCUGUUUCAGAUAAUAAUAAAUUCAAGACAUUAAGAUAAUAAUAAUUAAAACUGGAAGAGGGAUUUUAUUAAAACUGUUUCCAUUUUUUUUUAAUUCCCUUAUGAAGCGUAAUCUCUAAGCAAAAAGUGCGCCCCCGGGUGGGCUCGAACCACCAACCUUUCGGUUAACAGCCGAACGCGCUAGCCGAUUGCGCCACGGAGGCAGCCAUUGCACAAUGCGAAAUUAAAGAUUACUAUUGAAGUAUACGAUAUAUCUAACAAAACGAUAUACCUGAGAAACCAGUUUUUUGUGCCUGAACCGGUGGAAUUUUGUUUGCAGACACGCUAUAGCACUGUGUUUUAUUUAAGUUGAAAAUAAUCGAAGUACCUGUUCAGUUGGAAUACAAUUUUGUGUUGCAAAGUUUACUAAACUAAACUUAUUUGAGGUUAUGUUGACAAGCCUACCUGUGUGGAGUUUGUAAUUUAAUUUAAGUUUCAUUAAUUAAAGUGAUCCUGAUUUGUGUUGUUAGUGUUGUUCGGAGCCGUCUUUAAGUGUUAAAUAUAAACGAGUCAUUUUUACGAGAACUUUUACAUAGAGAUUUAUUGAUAGGUUAUGUUCUGACAAAAAUUACAUGAAAACAAUAAAGCUAGUGUUGCAAGUGCUUGAACUAUCGAAGUGAAGUACUGUUUAUUUUACAAUAAAAUUUUAUCUCGUAAAAUAGUGUGGAAUUUUGUAUCCAUGGCGAACAGAGUCCCCGGGACAUGCUGUGCAGCUUCUGUAGAAAGGGCAGGUCUCCCUGGGUUACUUCGCGACUUACAAAGACUAUCCGAAGAUAUCGAUACAGCAGACAUUGUGUUCAUACUGGGAGCGAAUGAAGAAAAAUGUUACGCACAUCGGAUCAUCUUGAUUGCAAGAUGCAAAAGUUUCCAGAACACAAAACGUGGUGAAAUAUGUCGGAUCCCUGGUUGUACGGUUACGCCAUCUGUUGGCGGACAGCCGAUACCUAUACGGAUGCCGCACAUCCAACCCGAGACCUUCAGGCUCUUCAUUCAAUACGUUUACACUGGAAAGCUGCUUUUACAAGAUUCAGGAGUGUUUGAAAUGAUGACGCUAGCAGCAGAUCUUGGGGUAGAAGAUUUGCGGUCUGCUUGCGAAGACCACGUCACUUCAACAUUAAGCGUAGAUAGUGCUUGUACUCUGUUGGCUGUUGCAAUGGAAAUACAUGAUAGACCAGGCGGAAAAAGUGCAUCUUCGUUUAUGGAGCGCUGCAUCGCCUUCAUUGGAGACAACGCGGCCGACUGUGUCAAGACCAACGCCUUCCUCAACCUGCCCAAGGAAGCUCUCAUCAAGCUUAUAUCUUCGGAUUUCCUGUGUCUUGAAGAGGAAGAAGUGUGGCGCUGUGCUCUCGCUUGGGCCAAGCAGCGCGCCGGCGUGACCCAACCCACGGCGCACUGGACGGAGGAGGAGAGGGCGCGGGUUUGCCACCACCUCGCACCCCUCAUGCAACACAUAAGACUGUUACUCAUAGAGAGUUCAGUGUUCGCUGAGGAGGUGGAGCCGACGGGCGCGGUGCCCAUGGAGGUCUCUCUGGAGCGGUACCGGCGCGCCGCGCUGCACGCCCAGCCCGACCACAACACGCAACCCAGGUUGGCUGUGAACAUGUUCGCGGGCUCGGCGAUCCUUCAUCAGGAUAAAAGCGCUUUUCAAUCCGUCAUUAACAACUGGUGUGGGACUCCAAAGCAGUCGUGGCGGCUUGUGUUCCGCGCCUCGACACACGGCUACUCCGCGCAGGCCUUCCACUCGCACUGCGAUGGAAUAUCGCCCGUCUUACUUUUAGUGCAGUUGUCCCGCGGCGAGGUGGUGGGGGGGUACAGCAGCGCGGGGUGGGGGCCGGGCGGCGCGGGGGGCUACGUGUCGGCGGAGCGCGCCUUCCUGUUCGCGCUGUCGGAGCCCCCCGCGCGGCACCCGCUGCUCAAGAAGCCCUUCGCGCUCUGCUACCAUCCCGACUGCGGUCCUAUUUUCGGCGCCGGCGCGGAUCUGUUCAUCUCGAGUAACUGCAACACGAACUGUGACAGUUACAGCAACCUACACUCGUACGGGGAUCCAAUCGCGCCCGCCUCGCUCGCGUCAGAGUACAACUUUACCGUGUUAGACUACGAGAUUUUCACUUAUAAACAUCAAUAAAUCGUUCAAUAACAACAAA